CAAUGUACACCAAUAUGUCGCAGAUGCCAGAUAGAGUGCGUGCCUGCCUGCCUUUACAAUGAUAAUGGUGUGCAUGCUGCAGUUCUCAAUAAUAGUUAGGCACCAAUUUUGGAUGCUCUAGCCUUAGUAGUGCGGUGUGAUUACUGGUGAUAUACUAGCCAGCCUUUGUAUAUCUGCGCUCAAAUCUCUAGCUAUAAAUAUGCAUGGGACGCAAUCUCUUGCAGGCCACGGCGAAACAGAUAUUAGCUGCAAUUAGUUAGGCACACUAGUACCUCUGAUCUCUGUAGAUACAAUAGUCAUGGCCUCUGCCUCUUGCCUUAGCCUGUUGGUGCUGCUGGCGCUGGCCUCGUCGGCGGCGGCGCAGCUGUCGUCGACGUUCUACGACACGUCGUGCCCCAACGCGCUGUCCACCAUCAAGAGCGCCGUCACGUCGGCCGUGAACAACGAGCCGCGCAUGGGGGCGUCGCUGCUCAGGAUGCACUUCCACGACUGCUUCGUCGAUGGCUGCGACGCGUCGGUUCUGUUGAAUGACACGUCGACCUUCACCGGCGAGCAGGGGGCGAUCCCAAACAGGAAUUCUCUGAGAGGCUUCACCGUCAUCGACAACAUCAAGGCGCAGGUGGAGGCCGUGUGCAAUCGGACCGUCUCCUGCGCCGACAUCCUCGCCGUCGCCGCCCGUGACUCCGUCGUAGCGCUUGGAGGGCCGUCGUGGACUGUCCUUCUAGGGAGGAGGGACUCCACCACUGCAAGCAAGGCCAAUGCAGAGAGCGACCUGCCAGGCCCUUCCUUCGACCUCGCGAAUCUCACCCAGGCGUUCGCAAACAAGGGCCUCAACCUCACCGACAUGGUUGCUCUGUCAGGCGGGCACACGAUCGGGCAGGCGCAGUGCCGCUUCUUCCGCGACCACAUCUACAACGACACCAACAUCAACUCCACCUUCGCGUCGUCGCUGCAGGCCAACUGCCCCCGGGCGAGCGGCAGCGGCGACAGCUCCCUGGCGCCGCUGGACACGGCGUCGCCCACCAGCUUCAACAACGACUACUUCAGCAACCUGCUGUCGCGGAAGGGGCUCCUGCACUCCGACCAGGAGCUCUUCAACGGCGGCAGCGCCGACGGCACGGUCCGGAGCUUCGCGUCCAGCGCGUCGGCGUUCAGCAGCGCCUUCGCGGCGGCGAUGGUGAAGAUGGGGAACAUCAGCCCCAAGACGGGGAGUCAGGGCCAGAUCAGGCUCACCUGCUCCAAGGUGAACUCCUGAUCCAUCAAGAUGUGUACGUGUCGAAUAAGCUAAUUAAGCUCGAGUACCAACCAUGCAAGUAGGAUGCAUGCAUACCUGCAUCUAAGUAUAUGUAACGAAUCCUCCUCGUGCAAAGGCAUGGUGAAGUUCAGGUGUCAGAAUGCGUUGGCAUGAACACGGCAGCGAUUUCCAUUA